AGGCCUGCAGGCAAGGACCAGACUUCGCCGCCGUGCCCAUCACUCGGCCGUCCAGGACCCACACGCGAUCAGCUGACUCAUCAGACUCCGAAUCGAGAGACGAAGACCCGGGGCCUGAGUGGCGCAGCGGUAGAGCAUUCGCUUCUUGUCGCCGCUGCUCAGGGGGGCCCAGGUUCGAAUCCAUUCUGUGUGAAUCAGCCUGGGCCCCGUGCGACGUCUCCCGCUGCCCCGUGGGAGGAACUGGGUGCUUCGGUACCCGGGGGAAGGAGGACAGUUCUUCCCGGCCCGGUGGCAACAAAAAUCCAAAAUGCCACCCUACCCGGGUCGGGGGGGGUUGCCCUCCUUCUUUUUUCCAGAAGUUCCGUUAAGUUCGCCGUUUCCACUUCAGGAGGAGCCGUUUGCAGGCGAUGAAAAUAUUUUGAAAUGAAGAAAAAGUGCCGGCAGGAGAAGGACCCCGGAGUAAAUCUUGUUGAGGAAGAUGGAGCAACAGGAUUUCGGACUGUGUAUCACAACCUUAAUACACUAAACGCACUGAUUAUGCAGUUUUACGUGUGUGAAUGCUUCUUCAGCGCCAACCUUUUCAUCAAGGAAUACAAAAUGCACGUGACCUUUCAUGGAAGAGACCGAUUCCUAAGGGAGUAUGGAGAGGUCCUGAAGAUGAAAGGUUGCAGAAAUCCCGAAGAUCUUGUUCAGGAGUUAGAGGAGGAAGUCUUACGGCGACAGAAGUUACAAGAGGAAAGUUGGAGACGGAGGCAGCUGGUGGCCAGUCAAUACACGCAGCUCAAUCCACACAUCUUUACUUUGCAGGUGACCCUGAACAUCUCCCUAAAUGAAGACUACAGUGAUGGUGACCUCUAUUUUGGGCCCCUGAGAACAGAGACGUCCUCGCAUCGCAUAGGGUACUCACACCAGCUGGGCCACGGGUUACUGCACUUGGGCCAGCAGCUCCAUGGUGCGCUGCCCAUAUCACAGGGGACGAGGUACAACUUAAUCAUAUGGAUGCGGUCAUCGCGCGUUAGGAAUCGUCUCUGCCCCAUGUGCGAUCAAGAACCCUCACUGGUGCCUGUGAAGAAUGGCUUUGGCGAUGGAUUCACUGCCAAGACUGUGAAUGUUUGCAGUACCAGUUAGUCAGCGAAAGACAUACAUUGUUUAGACAUCUAUGCUGAAUCUGUGUUGUAGACAUGUAUGCUGAAUAUGGUUGUCUCUUUUUCAUUGAAGUACUAUAUACUAUAUAGUUCAUGUGCCUUUUGAACUCUAAAACCUAUCUAUAGCAUUCAGCUUCUCUCAUGAAAGGAGAGGGAGAUAUUUUUUAAGGAUUUUGGGAUUUUGGCCGUUGGGAUAGAUUAUUGUUGCUUUAUAUGUAAUGCAGAUUGUUUCUGUUUUAUUUAUAUUAGAUACCAUACUUUACUGUGAUUAUGACUGUGCCUUUGAAGCUGACAUUCAAGUUGAAAAUUAAUUUCGUUCCCAACAGUAUUUUCUAGUCAGAAUUUGUAUGUUAUGGAUCACAUAUAAAAUAUGCAUUGUUGUU